CGUGCGUGUCGGGGAGCGGCAGUACCGCUGGGGUCGUGUUGUCCGAGGUAUAAACCUGACGGGUUUUGUGCGCGGACAGGUAAUCCUGCUCGGCACUCCUCGGUGUUCGCUGUCAUCGGCCGCAGUGCCGCGCGGGUGGGAGGAUUGAGGGCUCGCUGCGCUGCUUUUUCAGAGGUUCCGACACACGUGCCUAAAUAUAAAGCAGGAAAAAAACCCCAAGAACUAGGCAAUCUGAUUUUGGAAAUUAAUCUUGCAUUUUAUUUAAGAUGGGAUUCCAACCACAUUGAAGUAUUUAAGUCCAGUCACUUCUUUGCUGCUAUCCCAGGACUUAGUCUAGUUGCUUGGCUUUUCUAUUUUUGUGGCAAUACUCUCCUCCUAUUUAUAUACAAAAAGCCUGUAAGUAAAACCUUAUUUCUUUCCCACCUUCCAGAACGUACCGUAAUCUGUUCUCAGGCACCCUAACUGACCUUGCUUCAUUUGUUCUCUUGGGUUUAUCUUGUAGAGAUCGAUAGAUCUGCAUCUUGGCUUUCACUUUCUGCCCUGUUGGCAGUCUGACGGCGUCUUGGUCUUUUCCGAGUGCCAUCUUCUCGAUGUAUUUUUGAUAGCGUGUGCACUCUUCAUGCUCUGUUUUUAAUGGUUUCAGUGUAACUGCCUGAUGACUGAGGGGAGAACAAAAAUCUGCUCUGGUAUGAUUUUGAAAUCCUCCAGUUGUCAGAUCUCUGUGCUGUACAACCUGCAUACUUGUUCUAUUUAAACUCCAUGUAAACAGAAGUGCUGGGGUUUCAAGGCCCGAUCACUUACAGCUGUCUUCCAGCAUUAAGUCCUGAACAGAACAGUUAACAGUUAACAACCCUUAUGAAAACAGCUUUUAAAAAUAUGUAAGCCCAGUAAUCCACUUGGGCUGGAUAAGGCUCGGGUGGACUUUUCACUAGAUUCCUACACUGCUUCAUCCCACAGCUCCUACGCUGAAGAUCAGUGUCUGUCCGGUUUCCUCCUCAGAGACAGCAUGGCUUCACAGAGCCAAAGAAGAACAAGUGUUACUAAAUUUAAGCCUCAAGCUAAACUUCAGGUUCCUAUAGAACCAGCUUCCUAUCGUGGCUGUGGCAGCUGUCUCACUUCCACUGUGUUUUCAGCUGGUUCAAAUGCCUUUGAGGAUGGAAGAGUCUGAGCAGUCAAUAGUUUUAGCAUAUGCUGAUUCAUUUGCUACUAUUUAAGGUAGGCCACUGUUAGUAACGUUGACAUAACAUUUUAGCAUUCUCUCUUGACUGCCUAUUACCGGCUUACUGCACAGAGUCUGGUAUCUGAAAGGCUGCACAAAGGCCUCUGGAGCCAUUUAAGGUGAUGAAACCAUCUUGCAGAAUUGAUGUUCCUGAGAGACUUCCUUGAAGAAGUACAGAGGUGGAUGAAAAUGGCUAGAGGAAUUAAAAAAAAAGACAAUAGAAGGUUGUGGGAGGAGACCAUAAUGUAUUACCAAAUAGUAACACUGUUUUAAUACCUAGUUGUAUUUUCAGAGGGCAUUUCCAAACUACUACAGGAGCAGGGAAGAAUCCUCAAAUCCUCGUAUUUCAAAUAAAGAUUAAAAAUGACUGUUCUAUUUUUACAGGUUAUCUUAUGAAUGAAAGAGCUGAACAGAUUGUUCAUGAAUUCUAGAGGGCACCUAGGUUGAAGCAAUGGAGAGAAUGGAGCUGUGGAGAUGUCUCGUAAGAGCCCUUUUGCCUCCUGGCUUUGUGCUAUGCUCCACUGCUUUGGAAGUUACAUACUUGCCAAUCUGUUACUUGGAGAACCGCCUAUUGAUUACUUCAGUAAUAACUCCAGUGUCAUCCUGGCCACAGCAGUCUGGUAUUUGAUAUUCUUCUGUCCCAUGAACCUCUUCUACAAAUGUGUUAGCUUUCUGCCUAUGAAACUCAUCUUUGUGGCAAUGAAGGAGGUGGUCAGAGUUCGCAAAAUUGCAGCUGGGGUCCACCACGCUCAUCACCAUUACCACCAUGGGUGGUUCAUUAUGAUGGCUACUGGAUGGGUCAAAGGUUCUGGUGUUGCCUUGAUGUCUAACUUUGAGCAACUGCUGCGUGGGGUCUGGAAGCCAGAAACAAACGAAAUUCUUCAUAUGUCCUUCCCUACAAAGGCUAGUCUGUAUGGCACAAUCCUCUUCACUCUGCAACAAACUCACUGGCUCCCUGUCUCUGAAGCCAACCUCAUCUUCUUUUUCACCAUGUUCAUGAUAGUUUGCAAGGUUUUCAUGACGGCAACUCACUCUCACGCCUCGCCUUUUGCUCCAGUGGAAAGCUUCAUCUGUCCAGUUUUCUUUGGCUCUGUUUCUAGUGGACACACUAGUCAUCAUCAUGAUCAGCAUGGGGCCUCCCAUGAGGUUUCCCAUCCUCCGCCUCCUCCUGCAAAGUCAAAAGAGGAGCUAAAUGAAGGCACAAGGAAACGGAAAGCAAAAAAAGCUGAAUAAAAAAGCAGCCACACAGUAAAUAGGCCAAGAAAAUUCUUCCAGAGCUGAGUCUCAAAACCACCUGUGACCUCCUUUAUUCUCCAGUCCUUCUCUCUCAGACUGCAGAGGAGAGGUGGAAGCCAGGACACUGCCAGGCAGGUCCCUGAAUUUCACUUGUGCUGUCUGUGCUGCUGCUUGCUUCUUGGUCUCUGUCUCUCUAUUCUGAUCAUAUUUUCAGGGAUUUGUAGAUUUGUGCCAGGAUGAUAAGUGGGUGCCAGUUCCCAAGCUGUCAGCAAUUAUGAUGCAGCAUUUUCAAUUGAUGUAAAAAUCUUUCACUGUGUUUAUUUAUGAAUGGAGGUAAUGGUUUGUGCUCCUGCAACUCCUAAGUUCCUUUGAGUUUUCAUUGACUUUUUUUGAUGUCUACCAAAGCAACAAAGUGUUUGGACACAAUCAAUGUGGAAAUUGGAUUUCAUAGUCAAGGAAAUUAAAUGGUCUGAUAUGAGCCUGAUCUAAUUUUUCCUAGCUCCCACAUCUGCCAUACCUCCAAUUCAUGUGACAUUUUAUAUGCAAUAAGGACAUUGACUCUGGUGUCCUAGCCAAACUCUGUUUCUCUCACCUAAUUUCCCGCUGAUUGUUAAUGGAUAGAACAUUGUCACUUUCUUAACUAAGUCUGUGUCCGCAAGAGCUUUGAAGCUGUGAAAUGCUCUGAGUGCUAUGUAUUGGUACUGUUAUUAUUCUAAACUGUUGUGUAGCGUUGCUGCACGUUGUUAAUAAUAGUGUGUCCCGCCUCAAACCUGAUCAUAUUCAACUAGGGAAGAAGCAUGGUUCUGGUUUGUUUGUAAUCCAAGGGGAUACAAGAAGGGUGUGUGAGUGUAAGUAAGUAUUUAUUACUAUUUAUUUAUAAUUGCCAGGGCAUCUAAUUCAUGGACCUGAAACUGGCUUUUUUAAAACAUUGCAUCUUUAUAUAGAGAAUUGGAUACUUCUAAGUAUGGUCCUAAGCCCACAGCUACGUGCUGGUUUGUGCUUGAAGCAGUGAUUUUGGUGUGCUAAAGGACAGCCUGAACACUCUCACUGGAUGCAGGAAGGAACAUUUCCUAUAUUCUUAAAUUCAGAUAUAAAGGCUGAAGAAGUAGAUUUCACACCAGCUGAUUAAAACUACUUUAAAGGACUAAUAAAAGCACACGAGCUGAAGAUACCGAUUGUCCUUUGUGGGUCCCUUUUGGCCAAACUACUGGUCUGUGAAAGCAGCUUGUGCCCAAUGAGUGAAGAAGAAUAUGAAAUGCCUUGCAUGGCUGAGGGAGGAGUCUGUCAGUUCAUUCAUGUUCUGCUUAGUGAAUACUGGCUUUUAGACUAGUUUUAAGCUGUUCUUGUAACUGAUUUUGUUCUUAAAAGUGUCAUCAUCCAAGGGCUGGGAUCACUGUGGUGAAAAUGGCAUGCAUGGGGAUGUAGCCUUGGGCUUUCAGUUAAGCAGCAUAUUGUCAUCCCUAGCAAUAAGGUUUGCUGCUGUCAUCUUGCAACCGGGAAUAUAAAUAGGAGGGUUUAAGAAAAGCGUUCUUCAUUUUGUUUUUUCUGUCCCUGUUCAAAAUUGAAAUUGACAGUUAAUAAAAAAAAAAAAAUUCUUGUAUACAACCAGAUGAAAGCCAGUACAAAAGGUCAAAUGAUUUGUGGGCUUGGGUUUUGACAGUGCCUUAAUUUUGUGAGUUUCCCUCCCCUUCAGUAGAAAACAGGAAUCCUGCCUGACAAUACAACUGUCUGGUUUUGCAGAUACUGGUCUACUGAAACCUGAUGUAUCACUAGCAUGCACAAGACUGUAAAUGUUUUAUGAGAUGUCUGAUUCAAGGGGAAUUUUGUUUUAUAAAAGCUGUCAACAAAUAAAAAUUGUGAAGUGACUCUGAUUGUCCACU